UAUUGUAAGGUGUCCUUCUCUCGGGCAGAAGCCACCCCCGUAGCCAUCAUAUAUAGAGCCGCCGUGCCCCUGCUUCUCUUUCCCCCCUUCCAUGUACCCCCUGGCCCCUCAUACCACUCUCUCUUGCCUUUUCACCCCUUGACCAGGCUUUUCAAAGCAUAAUUUCUUUCAAAAUGGCGGCUCCUCCAUCUGACCUGCGUGCCUCCGCCCUCUUCGACAUGACGGAUCGUGUCGCGCUCGUAACAGGCGGCGGCACGGGUAUCGGGCUCAUGAUCGCGCAGGGGCUAGCCGCGAACGGUGCGAAGGUAUACAUCGGCGGGCGCCGGAAGGCUGUCGUGGAGAAGAGCGCUCAAGAGUUCAGAGGGAGAGGAAAGCUGAUUCCCCUCCUCCUCGACGUUACCGACAAAUCCAGCAUCAUCGCUGCCAAAGACCUCAUUGCGUCCACCGACAGCUACCUCGACGUCCUCGUCAACAACGCCGGCCACUCCGGCCCCUUUUCGACCUGGAUGAGCGACGAUGACGAUCCCAGAAAUCACGCCGCGGAGGCCUUCGGCGUGGGCCUGUUCGCCGAGCCUCAGGACGAGUGGAUGGCGCACUUCAAGCUCAACGCGUACUCGUCGUUCUUCAUGACCAGUGCAUUCGUUGGGCUGCUAGAAAAGGGGUCAGAGCGGCACGGCGCGUGGACGGCGAGCGCGAUCACGAUAACAAGCAUGUGCGGGAGCAGCAAGCUGGCGCAGAGUCAUUACGCGUACAACGCCGGCAAGGCCGCCGCGACGCACAUCGCCCGCAUGUUUGCCACCGAGCUCGCGCGUCGCAGCAUCCCCGUGCGCGUGAACUCGCUCGCUCCGGGCGUCUUCAUGUCCGAGUUGACGCAGAGCAGGCUAGAGAAGGGGUUGGACAGCAUGAUCAUGAAGCAGCUUGGGUUGCACCCGAUACCGGCGGGGCGGAUUGGAAGCGACGUCGAGAUGGUGGGCACCGCGCUGUGGAUGGUUUCUGCAGCCGGGUGCUACCUGAAUGGACAGGAAAUCCUCAUUGACGGAGGACACGCGACGUUGAAUCCAUCGAGGUUGUAGACCAUGCAACUUUACCAUGCCAUCGCCUCUUUCCAUCAUCGUCGUACGGAUUCAAGCGGAAGUUGAACAUGGCACGGGAAAUGCCGGUCCUGCACGUGCCAGCCCACAGUCGCCUACACAGCUCAGUACACAUGGGCAGAUGGUGGCGACUGCUUGUAUAUAUUCACAUCUUCACAUCUUCUGACAUUGUUUGAGAUGCUUAUACUGAUGAAUCCACGAAUUCUGCUGUAGAUAUAUGUAUAUGCGUGAAAUAUGCUCUAAGAUCCAAUAGCAUCCUGUCCGAUCUAGGUGCGCACCCGCGAGGGACCCGCAAUUGCAUU